AUGUCAGAGACGAUGGUGGGUUCCACAACUCUGAUGCCUCAGGGUAUCCCCGACGACCUCAUUCCCAUUUUUAAAAAGCUCCGUGAUACUCCCUUUGCCUGCUCUGAUAUUGCAGAUGUCCCGGGACAACACGUCAACUCGACCUUCUUCGCAACUCUGAGCAAGCCCCUGCCAGACGGCAGCAAGAGUGUUCUAUUCAAGCACACGAAAGGAUGGGAUGCACCCUGGCUUGGAAUUGCAAUUGACGCAGCGCGAUGCUUCACUGAGCACGAUGUCCACUCCAAAGGAAUCUGUCCGAUUAUCAACGAAAAUGGCUUUGUUAUCAGGCCGCCACGACUCCUCCAUUUUAUUCCAGAGUACAGCACUCAGAUUAUCGAGAAUUUGGAGAAUACGGUGACUCUUCCGGAAUACCUUCGCUCGUCCGACGCUAUCUCCCCGUCCUUCGCGACGUCCCUUGGCCGUGCGGUUGGAUCUUGGCUGGCCUUGUUCCAUCACCGAAAUUCAGAAGAGAAUGGAUCUGGUCCCGCAGCCACCCGACGUGAGAAGAUCCCUGAUCGGGAGCUUUACUUUAAUCUCUAUCGUGGGACUUUGGAAACUCAGAUACGCAUGUCCCCGCAGCUCUUUGAGGGCUACGAAGAGGCUAUCCGGCAACGCGUCCAGGAGGGCCUCAAGAAAGAUAUUCAAGGUAGAAUGGGUCUUAUCCAUGGGGAUCUUGGAGCGAGACAUUUCCUCAUCCGCAACGACGUACCAAUCCCCAACCAAGACACUAUACUCACCCCGAUUGACUGGGAGACUGUCCAUUUUGGCUGUCAGAACCAAGACUUUGGCCAGCUGAUUGGCGAACUGAUACUCGUCGGUCAAACUGAUGACCAGGCUUUCAGUGACCAGGUUCUCCAGGGCCUUGCCAGAGGAUAUCAGUCUCUGGAUGAGGAUUCAAUGUUCCACGUAGUGUUCUACGCUGGUCUCCAUCUCCUGAUGGUCUUGUUAACCGAGGGAGAGCCUAAUACACCAAUGCAGAAUAAAAUGGUCGGAUUUGCACGCGACUGCAUUGUCAAAGGCUCACAGCACGACCGCCAGUGGCUGGAGACAACAUCGCUGAAGUACCUGUUGGUGGCUUCCCAGUGA